AAACGAUGUUUUGUUAAUUUGCAACACUGCAAUUGUUGUACUAAUUUUUUUUAUUGUGAAAACUAGAAAAAUUGCACUUAAACAGAAAUUAAUGGCACACAAGCGUUUCUUUAUCUACCCUGCAUUACUGGCGAUAUGUUAUUUACUUGGCGUGACAUGGGCUGAGAAUGCAACACAAACGCUGCCAAGCAGCAGCAGCAACAACAACACAAAUCAAGUGAAUCCAGCAGUGACACCAGAAAAAGCAUCAACUGCAGCUGCAGCACCAACAAUCGCGACUUCAAAAGUCGCAAGCAGCACAGCAGCCAGUGGCAAUUCAAGUGGCAGCGCUGAAUGUGCCUGUGCCGGCGCACUCUUGCCGCAAGUGGAUGCCAAUGGCAAGAAGCUGCCCAUAUGCGCCGAGUGUAAAUGCGCUCAUGUAGCGCGUAAUACGACGUUAAUAAAGGUCGUUGUCAUCAUUGUGAUUUGGAUAAUAUCCAUUUUAGUGAUAUACAUGCUCUUCCUAAUGUGCUUGGAGCCGUUGCUGAAUAAACGCGUCAAGGCCAGCAAUUACCAGGAGCACACCAAUGAAGAUGAUGAGCCGACACCUCCAAUGCCCGUGGGCAGCAGCAAUAAUCAAGAGCUGAGUGCUCGUGCCAAUGUUCUAAAUCGCGUGGGUCAUCAGCAGGACAAGUGGAAGCGACAGGUGCGGGAACAACGCCGACACAUCUACGAUCGCCACACCAUGCUGAAUUGAGCAGAAAGUGAAGGUGGAGGUGGAAAGAAAGGAGUCUUGGCGUUGGCGACUUAAGACAUGUAUUCCGGCAGCAAUUGCAUACAUAAUGUAUUUUUAAUUCGAGCUUUGCACUCUUGUUUGACUCAUUAAUUGGAUCAAAAUUACUUUAAUAUUAUUAGUAUCAACUUCUAAUUUAAAAUAAAAACAUGUAACUAAAUAACAAA